CAAGAAUUCUAUCUUUUUCGUCUCCUUUUUCCUUUGAUAUUAGUAUUAAUCUUGUAAGUAAAAUAACUUGAAUAUCUUGAGUAUAGUUUAUUAAUGGAGGAGCCGACAUAUGUAUGGUGAAAAAACAAAAAAGAUCAAUCUCAUUAUGGUCUCUAUUGAAUAUUCUAUUGUUGAAUCUGUUCCUCCCGCUGAAAAGUUCUGUGAGCUGAGAAAGCGAGCCGGUUUAUCACCAAAGUCUGUCGAAGUUGCAAAGAGAGCACUUCCACACACGGUAUAUGGUGUUUCUGUGGUGAAUAAUCAAGAUAAUUCUAUCGUGGGUAUGGGAAGAAUCGUUGGUGAUAGGUACUUGGCGCUUACAAUUGUCGAUGUCGCGGUCUUCCCUGAACAUCAAAAAAAGGGACUUGGUAAACUCAUUAUGGAGACUCUCAUGACCUACAUCAAGGCUAAUGUCACUCGUGAUUGCUACAUUACUCUCAUGGCAGACGGUGACGCUAAAUUUCUUUAUGAAAAGUAUGGUUUCAUAACUGGUUUGCCUAUUUCUUUGGGUAUGUAUUACAGUCAUCCCAAGCAAUAAAAACAAAUACCCCAGCCUUUUUUUUAUUAUUAUUCUUUCUUAAACCUUCUUUUUUAAUGGUUUAACAUCUGAUUAUUAUUUGACGUUGAGCCCUC